UGGUCCGACUUUCCCGAUUUGUACAGUUUUAACUUAAAUGUUGGAUGUAAAUUUUGGUUUGCUUGCGAUAUUUAAACACGACCUAAUAAAGAAACACUUUUGUACUCUAAGCGAAGUCGUACGGUUUUCCAAACGGGUGCUUGUGUAUUGGAAAAGUCAAAGCGGAACGGCAAGGAAGCCUGUUUGCCGGGGAGGAAUUUACCCCGAACACAACACCACACAGGCUGAUGCAAGUUGAAUGAGUGAGCUGACAGUUGUGAGGGGAAUACUGUAAGAGUGGAGACGAUGACAGAUUGUCAAGGAGAAGGGGAAGGAGCCAAGAGUCCAAUGGAGCUCUACGAGAAACUGACAGCACAAGGAGACGAAGUCAGAGCCUUAAAAACAGCUAAAGCUGAGAAGGCUGAAGUUGAUGCUGCUGUCCAGAUGUUACUAAGGUUGAAAGUGGACUACAAAAAGGUGACGGGCCAGGAUUACAAAGCAGGCUGUCCGCCUUCAGAAAAUGCUGCCGUCCCUGACAACGGGCCUGCAGCAGAUGGCGCUGAUGAUGAAGACACAGUUGACCCAUGGAAUGUUGCGACCACCAAUGCCAAGGGAGUGGAUUACGACAAACUCAUAGUGAGGUUUGGCAGCAGUAAAAUCGACCAGGAGUUGGUGGACAGAAUAGAAAAGGUCUCUGGACAGAGGCCGCAUCACUUUCUCAGAAGAGGAAUCUUCUUCUCACACAGAGACAUGCAUCAGGUACUGGAUGCUUAUGAGAAGCAAAAGUCCUUUUACCUCUAUACUGGCAGAGGUCCAUCCUCAGAGGCCAUGCACGUCGGUCACCUUAUCCCCUUCAUCUUCACCAAAUGGUUGCAGGAUGUAUUUGACAUCCCUCUGGUGAUCCAGUUGACUGAUGAUGAGAAGUACCUGUGGAAGGAUCUAACUCUGGAAGAGUGCCACCGCUUUGCUGUGGAAAAUGCCAGAGACAUCAUUGCAUGUGGCUUUGAUGUCAACAAGACCUUCAUUUUUUCUGACCUGGACUACAUGGGUGCAUGCCCUGAAUUUUACAGGAAUGUGGUGAAGGUCCAGAAGCAUGUGACUUUUAACCAAGUCAAAGGCAUCUUUGGCUUUACAGACAGUGACUGCAUUGGAAAGAUCAGCUUCCCAGCCAUCCAGGCAGCCCCAUCCUUCAGUAACUCUUUCCCACAGAUCUUUGGAAGCAGAAAAGACAUACAGUGUCUCAUCCCAUGUGCCAUAGACCAGGACCCCUACUUCAGAAUGACCCGUGAUGUUGCUCCAAGGAUCGGCUACACCAAACCAGCCCUGCUGCACUCAACCUUCUUCCCUGCCCUGCAGGGGGCACAGACAAAAAUGAGUGCCAGUGAUGCCAACUCCUCUAUUUUCCUCACUGACACACCAAAGCAAAUUAAAAACAAGAUCAACAAACAUGCAUUCUCGGGAGGAAAAGACACAGUGGAGGAGCACAGACAGUUUGGUGGAAACCCAGAUGUGGAUGUGUCCUUUAUGUACUUGACCUUCUUCCUGGAGGAUGAUGAACAGCUGGAGAAGAUCAAACAGGACUAUGCAAGUGGAGCUCUUCUCACGGGGGAACUGAAGAAAACUUUGAUUGAGACUCUGCAGCCAAUGAUAGCCAAACACCAAGAGCGACGCAAACAAGUCUCAGAUGAGACAGUUCAGCAGUUCAUGACACCCAGGCCUUUAAAUUUUAACUUGUAGCCCAACUGAACGGUUAAGAUGUCAUGGUUAAUUAAGUCACUAAUGUCAGUACGAGAAAGAAAUUAUUGAUCAAGCUUUUUCCAUUUAAAAUGGUUAACUUGUAAUGUGAACAGGACAUUUUGUAAUACAGAUCGCAUCAGGGCUGGGUAUAACUGAAAUACAAAUGUAUGGAACGAUAAUUUACUCCUCUGUGUUAAGCAUGGCAUUGUCCACGCCUUCAUGUUAAUUGUAAGCAUCAUACUGCACCAAAUGUCCACAUUUAUCUUCAUGAAAUGUAUGUGUGGACAGCUCUGCUGCAACGUCAUGUGCAUUCUACUCUUCACCCUGAAAUCAGUUCAUUGACAAUUAAAGAUGAGUACAAAUGUAA